CAUUUAGCAAAUGGCGGUCUGCGACUUUAAGGCAAUGCUGCUACUGUGACGUAUAAUCUAGUGGACGGAACGCUUCUUUCAACAGCAGCAACAGACAGUCAGCCACCUCGGUAGCUUGCUAGACAAAAUAGACGAACCAACAAAGAGCUUUAGACGCUUUAGUGUAUAUUAGCCACUGUAUUUUAAACCCACUUCUGUCGUCUAGUUAGUUAUCCCUUUUAAUUUCAUAGUUUUCAUAUUUACGGUAUUGUUUUUAUUCAUCUAGCGGGCUGGUUAAGUUAGCAUUAGCCUAGCUAGCUAACAUCUCCAACCAUGAGGUCACUAAGCUACUCUCUUGUUAAUGAAGAGGAGGACUGCUGGACGGAGAAAGGAGCUCUGGUGAAAGAGGAGGAGGAAGAGGAGGAUGUCACAGUAAAACAAGAAUUAGAGGGCGAGGCUGUUACAGUUAAACAAGAAUUAGAGGGUGAGGCUGUUACAGUUAAACAAGAAGAGAAAGACGUUUCAGUGAAAGAAGAGGAAGACGCGUUCAAAGAGGAAGAGGAUUUUACAGUAAAAGAAGAGGAGGAGGCAGCUUUUGGGGUGAAAGAGGAGGAGGGGGAGGAGGAACCUGGAUAUCUAGGCCCGGUUUCCCAAACGCAUCUUAAGGCAUCCAAUGGUUCUAAGGAUGAACUUAGCCAUAAUAUGGUUUUGAGAGACCGUUCCCUGAUUAACACUAGAGAGAUACGGACUAUCGUGGAUCCUCUGGGGAGCCUCAACAACAACAUGAUGCUGAAGAGGCAGAGAAGAGUCUCUCCACAUCAGAACACCUCAAGAAACACCAGUGGAGACCCACAGGGAAGAAAUCUCACCGCUGCUCUGACUGUGGGAAGAGAUAAACCUCAUCAGGCAUUUAAAAUUCACCAGAGAAUACACACAGUAGAGAAAUCUUAUAGUUGUGGUCAAUGUGGAAAGAGUUUUUCAACAUCUGGCUCUCUGACUCUGCACCAGAGAACACACACAGGAGAGAAACCUUAUAGCUGUGGUCAAUGUGGGAAGAGUUUUGGUCAAUCUUGCCAUCUGGUAUCACACCAGAGAACACACACAGGAGAGAAACCUUACAGCUGUGGUCAAUGUGGGAAGAGAUGUUCUACAUCUAGCAAUCUGACUGUACACCAGAGAAUACACACAGGAGAGAAACCUUAUAGCUGUGGUCAAUGUGGGAAGAGUUUUGGUCGAUCUUGCCAUCUGGUAUUACACCAGAGAAUACACACAGGAGAGAAAUCUUAUAGUUGUGGUCAAUGUGGGAAGAGAUGUUCUACAUCUAGCAAUCUGACUGUACACCAGAGAAUACACACAGGAGAGAAACCUUAUAGCUGUGGUCAAUGUGGGAAGAGUUUUGGUCAAUCUUGCCAUCUGGUAUUACACCAGAGAAUACACACAGGAGAGAAACCUUAUAGCUGUGGUCAAUGUGGGAAGAGUUUUGGUCAAUCUUGCCAUCUGGUAUUACACCAGAGAACACACACAGGAGAGAAACCCUAUAGCUGUGGUCAAUGUGGGAAGAGUUUUGGUCGAUCUUGCCAUCUGGUAUUACACCAGAGAAUACACACAGGAGAGAAAUCUUAUAGCUGUGGUCAAUGUCGGAAGAGUUUUACUACAUCUGUCUCUCUGGCUCUGCACCAGAGAACACACACAGGAGAGAAACCUUAUAGCUGUGAUCAAUGUGAGAAGAGUUUUACUACAUCCAGCCAUCUGACUGUACACCAGAGAACACACACAGGAGAGAAACCUUAUAGUUGUAAUCAUUGUGAGAAGAGUUUUCCUACAUCUAGCCAGCUGACUUCACACCAGAGAACACACACAGGAGAGAAACCUUAUAGCUGUGAUCAAUGUGAGAAGAGUUUUCCUACAUCAAGCCAUCUGACUGUACACCAGAGAACACACACAGGAGAGAAACCUUAUAGUUGUAAUCAUUGUGAGAAGAGUUUUCGUAAAUCUUGCCAUCUGGUAUCACACCAGAGAACACACACAGGAGAGAAACCUUAUAGCUGUGAUCAAUGUGAGAAGAGUUUUACUACAUCAAGCCAUCUGACUGUACACCAGAGAACACACACAGGAGAGAAAACUUAUAGUUGUAAUCAUUGUGAGAAGAGUUUUCCUACAUCUAGCCAGCUGACUUCACACCAGAGAACACACACAGGAGAGAAACCUUACAGCUGUGGUCAAUGUGGGAAGAGAUAUUCUACAUCUGGCAAUCUGACUGUACACCAGAGAAUACACACAGGAGAGAAACCUUAUAGCUGUGGUCAGUGUGUGAAGAGUUUUGGUCAAUCUUGCCAUCUGGUAUCACACCAGAGAACACACACAGGAGAGAAACCUUAUAGCUGUGGUCAAUGUGGGAAGAGUUUUGGUCAUUCUGCCAAUCUGGUAUCACACCAGAGAACACACACAGGAGAGAAACCUUAUAGCUGUGGUCAGUGUGUGAAGAGUUUUGGUCAAUCUUGCCAUCUGGUAUUACACCAGAGAAUACACACAGGAGAGAAACCUUAUAGCUGUGGUCAAUGUGGGAAGAGUUUUGGUCGAUCUUGCCAUCUGGUAUUACACCAGAGAACACACACAGGAGAGAAACCCUAUAGCUGUGGUCAAUGUGGGAAGAGUUUUGGUCAAUCUUGCCAUCUGGUAUCACACCAGAGAACACACACAGGAGAGAAACCCUAUAGCUGUGGUCAAUGUGGGAAGAGUUUUGGUCAAUCUUGCCAUCUGGUAUCACACCAGAGAACACACACAGGAGAGAAACCUUAUAGCUGUGGUCAAUGUGGGAAUAGUUUUGGUCAAUCUUGCCAUCUGGUAUCACACCAGAGAAUACACACAGGAGAGAAAUCUCUUAGCUGUGACCAGAGAUAAUAAUAAUAUCUCUGAUCAAAUAUCAGAAAAUGUAUGAAGGAGUUGUUUCAUGAUAUCAAUGUCUCAAUGUAGAAUGUUUUAAUAAAUAGUAUAUUAAUAUACUCUGCAGUAAGUCAGUCAGAAUGUCACAGUGUAGAACCCUAAACGUUUUCCAAUUGAUUUCAACAUGAUAUGGACAUUAGGCUCAUUGGGGGAAAUCCAGGCUCUGAAUUGAAAGAGUACUAUUUAUGUGAUUUAACACAAAGUGACUAACAAAAAAAGAGUUGUCCUCUAACUAGUGAUGUACACAUUAUUCCCAGAAUCAACUGAUUUCAACAUAAUAUCGAUGAGUUAAGACAAAUAAGUGUUGUGUUCCUUUGUUCAGCGUCCCCUACAUUUAAAUGCAUCACUCCAAAAUGUAGCUGACUGUUUUCUGCAGGUUGUCCUCUAACCAGUGAGCUAAAAGAUAUCUCCCAUUUCCAUGUUUUUUUAGUUGUUCGUUUCAACAGCUCGUACAGCCGGAUUUCCCCCUUAAUCGAUAUCCGUGAUUUAUUGCUACUUGUCAAAGCAACAGUGUUUUUGGUGCUUAUGCAGUUUAUAAGGAGCUUGUUUUAAAAAAAGACAAUUAUUGUGACCACAUGUUAGGUUUUCAAUUUAUCCCAAACUGUUUCUGCAUAUUGGUUAUUUAUUUGGACACGUUAAAACUGUGUUUUGACAUUGGGCUAUCCCUCCUAGCAAAAUGUAAUUGAAAAGCCUUUGAAAAUAAUACUAUGCAAUCAAAUAUUUCACAUUUCAUGUAAGAUUUAGUAAUGAAAAUUAUUCAUGCAACCAACUGACGUUUUUUUUGGGUACAAUUAUAUUGACAUUGUUGCCCUGUUUUUAGAAUAUCAGGGUUAAUUCUCAGAUGUGCCAAACCAAAUGUACUAGAGCAUGACAUUGGGGACUGGACCCAGAUCCAACAACAUGCCUAUCUAGUGAAUCCUGAAAAGAGGGAGAAGCUCUGCAGUGAGGUGGAAAGUUACUACGGAUAUUGCAGGAGUUUCCUCUUUGAAAUCAGACAUGUCUGUGGUAAGGACAACUUGGUUGCUGAUUGUCUCAAGGGUGGGCAGUCAAAAAUAUUUGUGUUUUGCAUUUAGCCAGUGCGUUGUCAUGGAUCAUAGUUUAUUUUGACUGCACGUUUUUCCGUAUUGGAGAUGAGUUUUGUUUGGGCUCGUUCCAAGGGGACGAGAGUUCUAGAAGCUAGUGAGUUUUAGGAAGAGGAGAGUUCUAGAAGCUAGUGGGUUCUAGAAGCUAUAGAAAGAAAAAUCUUUGUGGGAGUAAUAAAAAAUAAAUAUCGUUUUUAAUUGUUGUUGCCAGUAGACAGACACCAUGUUUAUAUUGGUGACGGUGAAGCAUUGUAGUUGAUUAUAAUGUGAAAUGGAAGUUGUUUUCUGUUGUUAGUGAGCAUUCUCUUAAGGUGUUAAUUAGUCUUUGGUUUUUCCAUUUAUGUUUUGAGGUUGGACUUUAGCACGUAUAGCUAGUUAGCACGUAGGACGCACUGAUUGGUGUCACCUCGUUAGUCAGUAUGUGUUACACCUGUGCUGGCUUGUCCAUCUCGUUAGUGGGAAGGUGUUUCACCUGAGCUGGUCCAGGUUCUAUUUAAGAGUGUCUGGCCCAGUGCUCCAGUUGUCUUGAUAGAUGUGGAGAGUCAACACCUUUAGUUGCUGCACCUUUUUGGUUUGCUUCCUGUCUUUAAGUUAGUUGUGGGUUUUUCUUUUGUUUGCCUCUUCUUGGGCAGAUUUAGUGGGUCUCAUGGUUGGUGUCUUUUAGGUCCCAGUUGUUGUUACUAGUCAAUUUUCAGUGGACACCCCCAUAAUGUCUUUGAGAACCCCUCCUAAAAAACAAGCUUAUAUUUUGGGUUGGAUAUUGCAUCCAAUUAGUGUUUUAAUUAAUGGCAUUUCCUUAGAAUGCUCAUUGGUCUUUCAGUUGUUAAUCUUCUGUUAUGUUUGUGUACUAAAUAUUUCUGGUUAUUUUCAUUGUUUUCUCCUGUGAAGCCAUUGUGUUGCAUCCAUGUCUGAAAUGUGCUGUAUAAAUAAAGCUUGAUUUGAUUUUAAGAAAUGAA